AAUGUUUGAUAUCUGAUGUGAAAAUUUUUUGAUGAUCCGAACAUUCAUUUGAAUGGUUAUUUAAUGUAUGUAUGUUUCACAGGAUCACUGUUGCUUUGGAAUAGGAGAGUAUGAGAUAGAGAAGAUGCGUGAUAUGAAAAAAUGUUGCUGGAAGAGGCAAAUAUUAAUCACUAAACUUAUGACUUAUACCACUGUUUAAGGUUUCUUGUUUUCUAUCAGUAAACUUAUGCCACAGUUUAAGGUUCCUUGUAAGGAUGGUUUUGGUGGCUGGGAAAAGGGUGAAAAUUGUAAAGAAGCAUAGACGUCGCUUCACAAGGCAUGAAUCCGAUCGUUACCAUCGCUUGCGUCCAAAUUGGCGUAAACCAAAGGGUAUUGAUAAUCGUGUUCGAAGAAGGUUCAAGGGACAGCGCCGCAUGCCGAAAAUUGGUUAUGGUAAUGCCAAAGUGACACGGCAUAUGCUGCCAAACGGAUUUAGGAAAGUACUGAUACACAAUGUUAAGGAUUUGGACAUGUUGUUGAUGCAGAAUAAAAGGUUUGCUGGUGAGGUGGCGCAUGGUGUAUCAUCGAAGAAACGGAAGAGUAUUGUGGAACGGGCGCAACAGCUUAAUAUCAAACUGACCAAUGGACAUGCAAAAAUCAGAUCUGAGGAAAAUGAAUAAACUGAUUCCAUUAGAAUCAAAUGGUGGGGGUGGUUGUUAAAAAGUAGAUUUAGAACAUUUUGUUCGUUUUUUACUAAAGUGGAAAUAUGGAAAGAAAUCCUGAGAGUUUGGUUUUUUUUUCGAAGAUGUUUUUUUUUUCUGUUUCAUAUGUCGCG